AUGGAUACUCUCCUCCGUCAAUCGCGGGCUAUGUGCCCCUUCCUGCACAAGACCUCUCCCGCCACCCUCCGGUCCCUUUCGACCUCGACUGCCCAUGCGGCUCCGUCCCCCGGAGGAGGCGCGAUUUCGAACCUUCAGGUGCUUGCUCGACGAUGCCCGGUCAUGGGCAAGGCCUUGGCUGUUCAGAGUGCCCGCACUGGUUCCUUUGGACUCGGCGGCGUGUAUGGCGGAUCCAAGGCCUACACAGGACGUGCCCGCCUUCAUACCACUAGAGCCAAGGAUGCUCGUGCGGUUGAUGUUGGCCUUUUCGGUCACCAGUCGACCAGAUCUCAGCAGCAACAGCACCCGAAGCAUGCAGCUGCCGCCAACUCCGAGCCGAGCCCAACGAAGCACAAAUUGGCUCCGAGAUUUGAUUACGAGGGCUUCUACAAUGCCGAACUCGAGAAGAAGCACAAGGACAAAUCGUACCGCUAUUUCAACAACAUCAAUCGGCUGGCCAAGGAGUUCCCCCGCGCUCAUAUGUCGUCCAAGGACGAGCGCGUGACCGUCUGGUGCUCCAAUGACUAUCUUGGAAUGGGAAGAAAUCCUCAGGUGUUGAAGUCCAUGCACGAGACUUUGGACACGUACGGGGCUGGUGCCGGUGGAACUAGAAAUAUCUCUGGACACAACCAACACGCGGUAGCUCUCGAGGGCACUCUUGCUAAGCUUCACGCAAAGGAGUCCGCUCUUGUUUUUACCUCGUGCUACGUUGCCAAUGAUGCCACGCUAGCCACGCUCGGCAGCAAGCUCCCUGAUUGCGUGAUUCUUUCGGACAGCAGCAACCACGCGUCCAUGAUUCAGGGUAUCCGUCACUCUGGCACGAAGAAGAUGGUUUUCAAGCACAAUGACGUUGCCGACUUGGAAGCCAAGCUCGCCUCUCUCCCACCCGAGGUGCCCAAGAUUAUCGCUUUUGAAAGCGUGUACAGCAUGUGCGGAUCAAUUGGUCCGAUUGAAGAAAUCUGCGACCUGGCUGAUAAAUACGGCGCCAUUACAUUUCUCGAUGAAGUCCACGCCGUAGGCAUGUAUGGGCCACACGGUGCCGGUGUCGCCGAGCACCUCGACUUUGAGGCCCACGCUGCUGGCCGACCCAAGGGAACCGUCUUGGACCGGAUCGACAUCAUCACCGGAACCUUGGGCAAAGCGUAUGGCUGUGUAGGCGGAUACAUUGCCGGCUCUGCCAAACUUGUUGACACCAUUCGCUCCCUCGCGCCCGGAUUCAUCUUCACCACCUCUCUCCCUCCAGCCGUCAUGGCCGGCGCCAAAUCCGCCAUUGAAUACCAAAUGGAAUACCAAGGCGACCGACGUCUGCAGCAGCUGCACACCCGCGCCGUCAAAGACGCCCUGGGCGCCAAGAACAUCCCCGUCAUCCCCAACCCAUCCCACAUCAUCCCCGUCCUCGUCGGCAACGCCGAAGUCGCCAAGCAGGCCUCCGACAUGCUCCUCGAGGAUUUCGGCAUCUACGUCCAGGCCAUCAAUUACCCCACCGUCCCCGUCGGCCAGGAACGCCUCCGCAUCACCCCUACCCCCGGCCAUACCCGCGAGUACCGCGACCACCUCGUCCAAGCCCUCGACACGGUCUUUGACCAGCUCAACAUCAAGCGCACCUCCGACUGGGCUGCCCAAGGCGGCUUCCUCGGCGUCGGCCAGCCCGUCCCCAAGCCCCUCUGCGACCCCCUGUGGACAGACAAGCAGCUCGGCGUCGACCAGAUUGUCGCCGAAAUGAAGGCCGGCCAGGGUGCCGUCGGCAUCAUGGAAGCCGUCCUCGAAAAGGAAGUCAAGCAGACUGCCCAGGCCGUCGCCGUUGCCGCUGCCGCUUAA